ACUCGCUGGCGCCCAAGUGGGAGGCCAGCAGCUGCCCGCUCCCUCCUCCCUCCGUCCCCGCUACCUGCCCAGUGCCCGAAGCGAAGCGUGAGGAGGCUGCAAGCCAGCGGGCCGAGCCCACAACUUUGCAGUCUCAGGGAGGGCGAGAGCCGGCGCCCGGGGCUCCUCUUGCCGGCGACCAGCGCUCGGAAUGUAAUCGAGGAUGCUGGCCCUGCGGCUGCUCAACGUGGUGGCCCCCGCCUACUUCCUGUGCAUCUCCGUGGUGACCUUCGUGCUGCAGCUCUUCCUCUUCCUGCCCAGCAUGCGCGAGGACCCCGCAGCCGCCCGGCUCUUCUCGCCCGCCCUGCUCCACGGGGCACUCUUCCUAUUCCUCUCGGCCAACGCCCUGGGCAAUUACAUCCUGGUCAUCCAGAACUCCCCAGACGACCUGGGCGCCUGCCAGGGAACCUCGGCCAGAAGGUCUUCGUGCUCCCCGCCCAGCACCCACUUCUGCCGAGUGUGCGCCAGAGUCACCCUGAGGCACGACCAUCACUGUUUCUUCACCGGCAACUGCAUCGGCAGCAGGAACAUGCGCAACUUCGUCCUGUUCUGCCUCUACACCUCCCUGGCCUGCCUCUACUCCAUGGUGGCCGGCGUGGCCUACAUCUCCGCCGUCCUUUCCAUCUCCUUCGCCCACCCCCUGGCCUUCCUCACGCUCCUACCCACUUCCAUCAGCCAGUUCUUCUCCGGAGCUGUCCUCGGUUCUGAAAUGUUCGUCAUCCUCAUGCUCUACCUCUGGUUUGCCAUCGGCCUGGCCUGCGCGGGCUUCUGCUGCCACCAGCUGCUGUUGAUCCUCCGGGGGCAGACUCGCCACCAGGUGCGGAAGGGGGUGGCAGUGAGGGCCCGGCCCUGGCGCAAGAACUUACAGGAGGUCUUCGGGAAGAGGUGGCUGCUAGGCCUGCUGGUCCCCAUGUUCAAUGUUGGAAGUGAGAGCUCCAAGCAGUGGGACAAGUAGCAGACACUCCCAUCAUUUCUCUCUCUUUCUCUGUCUCUGUGUCUCAACUCCUCCUGAACCUAAGACCACAGCACCCUUGUCUCCACCCAUGACUACUUUAACCUCGUGCUGGUAAGGUCCUAGCACCCCCUCCUGCCCUUUAACCCAUAGAGAACAGCGUGGGCUGGUGGAUCUGGACAAGGAGGAAAAAUGGCCACCCGGGGAAUGCUGGGCUGCUCCGAGCCAGCCAGGUGGCUGCUAGCUGUCAGGAUGCUCUGCUUUCGCUUCUUCUCCUUGGGACCCCUACUUUCCCCCUCUGCCUGGCUCAUCCGCUCCCCACCAUGUCUCAUGUCAUCAUGGCUGUCUGCCGGAGCCCUUCCUCUCAGCCCCGUGUUGGGAG